AUGUCGGGGCUCAAGAACAACCGCACCCUCCAGAUCCUCAAGGCCGCCGAAGAGGGCCGAUACGGCAUCAUCGCCCAGGUCGUCUACGACACCAACCAGGCUCUCGCCUUUGUUCGCGGCUGUGAAGCCAAGCGCUCGCCUGGCAUUCUCCAAAUGUUUCCCGUCACAGUCAUGCACGGUGGCGGCGCGUUCCUGCGCUACUGUCUCGACAUUGCCCAUAACGCAUCCGUGCCAAUCUCGGUCCACCUCGACCAUGCGACCGAUGAGGAACAGCUCGAAUAUGUGCUCCAGCUAGCUGAGAAUGGGACCAAGUUUGACAGUAUCAUGGUGGACGCUAGCCAUGCCGAUACCGACGAUGAGAAUAUCGCCAUUGCCCGCCCGUGGAUCGAGCGGUGUAACCGCAACGGCAUCGCGACCGAGGUCGAACUCGGUCGUCUCGAGGGAGGCGAGGCGGGUCUUCGUGAGAUCUCGGGCGCGAUGCUCACGGACCCGGAGAAGGCCGAGGCAUUCAUGAAGGGCACCGGCGCCGACAUCCUCGCCCCCUCCAUCGGCAACCUCCACGGCAGCUACAAGUUUGUCAAGGGUGGGCCCCAGUUCAGCCAGGAGAUCCUCAAGGACCUGCAGGCGCGCUUUGCCGGCCGCGUCCCCUACCUGUGCCUUCACGGUACCGACGAGAUCAGUGAUGACCUCUUCCGCGAGUGCAUCAAGAACGGCGUGACAAAGGUCAACGUCAACUCUUGGCUGCGUGACCCCUACUGCGCUGCACUGAGCAAGGGACUCGCAGACAAGACCAUGCCCGAGGCCAUCGACGACGCAAUGGCCGCGUACGAGAGCGAGUGCAGGCGCUUCUGUGACCUUCUGGGGUCGACCGGCAAGGCCUAG